AGAGGAUUCGCAGCAAAGGAGCCGUUGACAUUUCAGCAACCAAACGUUGAAAAAUAAGUUUCUCAUUGCAAAAAAAAAAAUGAACUUCGAUCGAAAAUCAGUAGGAUAGUAGCUCGAUUUGCUGUGGAUAACGAUGGAUGACAUUUCUCUUAGGAAGCGACAGCUCGACGACAAACUAGCUCAGGUAUUUCCCUUGAGUAAUUUUCACUCCUGGUGGCUGGCAGGAAAUUAAACCCAACAUAGGUAUUUCUGUGCGUCUAACUCGACUUUCUGAACAUUUAUUCGUUUCUCUACACUUAACUUAAUUUUUAUGGUGUAAAAUUCGUUUCUCUACACUUAACUUAAUUUUUAUGGUGUAAAAUAAAAAAGGAGAUAUCCCCCAUGUAAAAUUCACUCUAUUCAGUAUGUUGUCGGUUAGUCCAGCCUCACGUUUAUCGAUUAAAAUUCUUUGGUAAUUCGCAAAAUGAUUUGCUGGUAAGUAAUGAUCAUCUUAAUUUUUUUUCACUUUUGUAUUUUGAAGAGUACUGAGAACCAUCUUGCAUUUAUCGCACGUAAUUUUUCAAUAUUACUUUUCCAUAAACAACACUCUGUCUCUAAUUCUUCAUAGCCCGCAGGCUAUUCCUGUACGUUUGCUUGUGCAGGGUUAGCAUGAUGUUACCAUUUUAGCUAUUAAAUUCUAGGAGUAAAGAGUGCCAAAAGCUUUGGAAAGAUAGGUUAUAUGAACAAGGAAAGAAGGUAUCAAGUCUCUUUUACAAAUUUUCUUUCAUUUCAGGAGAAAAACAUCUUGGCUUUUCUCAAAGACAGCUUGGAAAAGACUGAUCAAAUUACAGGGAAUAUGGUGAGUACAAUUCCCCUUUUGGUUCCACGUUGCUAACUUUUCUUAUCCAGACAAUUGACAAUGAUAAUGAGUCAACUUAUAAAAAAACAAAAACAUGACUGUCCCACAGAGGUUGUUUACCUCAGAGCUCAACACACUGACUGUUCAUGCUUAUGACUUCUAUCAAGAGUUUUAUUCAUGAUUCUGGCCAGAGGUUUGGGGGCUACCCCUGGUAAUAUAUGUAAUACUCACCCAGGGGAGGAUGAUACAAAAAAUGUUAUGUGAUGUUAUAAAUUAAACAAUUAUUGUCCUGGUAUCUGGUGAGAGACCCUCUUAAUGUAAAGUGCUAAUAUUCUCAUCAGUAUUCAAGGGCAUGCAGUGAAAAACAGUGCUUACUCAAAGGAUAUUUUAUGCACACCUAGUUGGGAUCUUUUUCUUGUCAUGAGGGUGAAAAUCUAUUACCGUUUUACUUGUUUGUAUUUAUAGCUUGAUAUCUUGUCCAAGUUUGAGGUGCGCAUACAUAAACUGGAAGACACCAUUGUUCCUGUUCAUCGGGAAACUGAUGACUUGCAAAGAAGACAAGCCAGUAUCCUUAAAAAGCACAAAACCACUCAUUAGACAAAUAAAACUAAGAAUAAUAUCUCAAGUCAUUGUAUGCCAUGUUCUGAAAUAAAUGUUAAAGUAGUAUUUUGAGUGAGUGCUUGUACAUUGAAAGUGAUCAGUUAUGGCAUAAAAUGAUGCUUUUUAUGAUACACCCAUUCUGUAAAGCCUGUAGUUAGUGAUCAACUUUAUUUAGCAGUCACCCUACCAUUCCUUGUAGGUGAUCACUUUGUGCAGGUUCAGCUGUACUUUUAAUUAUGAACUUACUUAAUGGGCAUUUUCAGCCUCUCCUUCAGACAUUUCUAAGAAAUCAAGAUACGGAGAAAUUCCUCCCUGGGAGAGAGGCUAGCAAUUUUAAUGCAUUAAUGGGUUUUUGAACAAUUUUAGUGUGCAGAUGUGUUUCAUUCAAUUUUUUUAUUAAUUUAAAAAUGUAAUGAAACACGACAGCACACCAAAAAGAUAUUAUGGUAUAUUAUGUACAAGUAAACAAAGAACAAACUUUAACUGGAAGUCCAUCCAAUAGAAGGAGGCUUACUUUGAAAGGGACAUGCUGUUUUAAGCAGCCUUAGAGAAAAGCUCAGUUUCAUUAAAUUAUUAUGUAACAUUAAACUUCUUAACCAUUCCCAGAUAUUGAUAAAUGUUUGUCGGCAUUGGAUCAUGUGAUCAGUUAUCACCAUGUCUCUGCUAGUGUGGAACAUGUCAUCAGAGAUUCGUAAGUAUUAAUUGUGCAAGUGCACAUUUUCAAACAGGGCAAACAUAGGAGAUUUCCUUAGGCCUUUAACUUCUGUGAAUGACCAGGAGACGAUUUCUCUCUACAAUAUCAAGACAAUAUCAAGCAGAUAUUUAAUGAUGUGAAUGAAGAAAAAUAUCAAUUAGGUGAUAUUAGUUGAUUCAAUACCAAAUUCUCAGAACUAACAUCAUAAGAAAUGUAUAGCAGAAAGUAAGAAGAAUUACUGAUUAAUAAAUGUUAUCUUGGGAGUGAAAUGAUUGGUUAAAAUGGUGUUAAUUUCUGUAACACUUAUUAUUGUAAUGCUGUUUUUCCUCCAGCCCCACUGGUCAACUGGAAGCUUACAUUAAAAAUCUUGAAAGAGUGCUAGAUGCAAUUGAGUUCUUUAAUCACAACAAUCCUAAUUGCAUGGAACUCUCUAGCCUGGUAUGUAUACUGAGUUGUUUUUGUAAAACUGUACCUUGCUAUAAGCUCAAUGAUUUCCAAAGUGGCCUUAUAAAAGGUGGCCAAAAGGGAUAAGGUGGUGGCCACCAAGAUUAAAGUAGUCUCAUAAUGUAUGAAAGAAAUUUUUUUAGUCACUGUUGGUAAAGUGAGUCAUUUCUUUGCAGACUGCUCUGCGUGAUUAUGGACGUGACUCACUAGAGAAAGAAUUCCGCCUGAUGUUAAACAGGCACAGUAAACCUGUUCCUGUGGAGAUGAUUGUGGAACUGGUGGAGAGUGAGACAGGUUGCUUUUCAGUUAUAAUUUUUACCAUUUAGUUGUCCCUGUGUAAACCGGAUAUACUUUAACUCAAGUAUUGGCUCAAAAUGAUUUCAAUUAAAUUUAAUUCAACUUGGUCUUUGGUUUUUAGGUUUUUUACUGCAACCCUUAAACCAAAGGAGAAACAAAUCAGACUUGUUUGAAAUCAUUCUAAUAUGAAAUAUUUCUUUAAAACAUGAACAACACACUGGACAAAAAUAGAAUACUUUAAGUCUUGUCAAAAUGUAUCAGCUUAGCAAAAUAGAGAUUGAAAGCUUAGAGAACUUCACACUUUAAUAGUAAUAUAUCACUUUCUAUUAUAUUGGCUUUCCCUCCUUUUCAAUUUAUAUUUUUUACUCACAGAGUGUUAUUGAUGAAUUGGGCUUUCCUUUAAGCCAUCUUAACCUAAACAUUUAUUUUUUUCCAUUUUUCUCUCUAAAGAAAACUCAAUGGAAAAUGUCAAGCUAGAGCAUUUAUCAGGUUUGUAACCAAGAACUUACUAUUACUAUUAUUAAUAUUAUUAUUUUUUUUAUUUAAGUUCAAAUGAAUAGGACAGACUGGAAGCUGUAGAGGUCUACAGUAAUGUCAGAUAGCAAGCAUGGAGUGCAUGUCAACUGCGUUGACUUAGGUCACAACUGAAGUCAUGUGAGGGUAAUUUAAUAUUAUCAACGGUAUUAUCACGGGUAGGAGUUUCGAAGUUGACGUUUCAAGCAUCAGCCCUUCGCAUUCACUCCAACAAAGGGCUAACACUCAAAAUGUCAGCUUUGAAACUCUUCACGGUGGCCAAUUUGAUAAUACCAAAUAACCUUGUUACAUUACCCUCCCACCAACACAGCACGACAGUUUCUUUAGAAACCUAUUCCCUCUGUUCAUAAAGCCAUAUAUUACCUUAUCAGUGGUCAGAUCUGUGUUAAUGUUCUGUCUCUUCUUUUACAGAGAAAGUUUUAGAAGACUUAUGUACCAUAACCCACUGGCUGAAUGGACCUGGAUAUGAUGAAACUGUGGGUGAGAAAACAGAAUUUACUCUGUGGAGCUUUAUCCUUCACUGUUAUUUUCUAGAAAUUUGUUUAUUUAAAUACUUUUAAUAUAUUUUUAGUUUUUUUCUGUAAUAACAUGCAAACUUUUGAGUUGUGAAUUAACCUUUUAAACCCUUCGAGUGACCAGAAUCUAAUUUCUCCCAACAGUGAUACUCCUGAAUCAUUCACUAAGGUCAUAAGAAUAAAAGGAAGUGAUCGCCAAUCUAAGUUGCUCUGAUUGUUAAUUGAAUUCUCCUUGUCAGUACUGAAGGAAAUGUAUAGAGAAGGGUAUGGAGAAUAUGGAUACUGAUAUCAAGUGUUAAAGGCUAAGAUAUGUCUUUGGCAUGUGUGUUCUAGACUGCCAUCAAUUAUGUGGUGGACCUUUUGAUAAACAUGCUUCAGAGAGUUCAAAAGGUCAUUUUCUUGCGAUAUGAUAAUAAUAUAGAUUUAGCCAAGCCUAAAAGCGGAGCUCGCAUUUUUUUUUCCUGUACGUUUCAAUGCCUUGCCCCAGCCAGGACUAGAACCCGGGUCAUCUGACUUGAAGCCCAGUGCACUGACCACUGGACUACUGGACAAAGCCAUGGCGUUGGUAUGCCCACAGUACAAUUGACCACUCAUGCUGAAAGUAGCACCUUGUACAGUUGUACAGUUGUAUGGUUGUACAUCCAAAUUUUUUUGGCUUGAUGGGUUUAACUACUAUUUUGUAUAAUUAUGGGGCUACGGAGCUCCACUAUUAGGAUUUUAAAACCACUUCCCCAAUAGAACUUAACAUUUUGUUUGUCCUUCAGAUUUUAUGAGUGUCUAUGCCCAAAUCAGAUCUAAUUCCCUUGUGCGAUCUCUACAGGGGUAAGUCAUUCUAGUUGUGAAGAAAAGUUUGUUACAUGUAUGAGCUGCAUUUAGAAAUCUUCCUUUCAACCCUGUAACCCCUUAGAGUGACUAGCAUCUAAUUUCUCCUUACAAUAUCACCCCUGAAUCAAACAUUAGGGUCACAAGAAAAAAGGAAAUGAUCAUUAACUUAAAGAGCUCAUGAUUGUCAAACAAAUUCUUCUUGUCAGCACCUUAGGAAAUUUAUAGAAAACAGUAUGGAGAAUAUGCAUACUGAUGUUAGGGUGGAAAGAGAUAAUGAUUUGUAUGUCAACUGGCAUUUUUUUUGUUCCUUUUCAGGUUAAAAGAUGUAAGUACAGUUUCUUUCAUUUAAAAGAGAAGAAUGUGAAGCUAACUGCAUAUUAAGUCAUGGUGAUCUGCAUUAAAAACAUGAGUUUUACUCAGAGAAAGUAUUGUAACUAUUUAUCUUUCAUUUGCAUUCAAACUAAGGGGACGUUUCCUUCCUAAAACUCAGUAAAUCUUCCUUUUCUAUUUUUUAUCAUCAACAGAAUGCCAAUCAUUUGUUUGUGUGAUACCUGUACUUAAAAAUGUAAAGUUGUUCAUGACUUUUAAUUGUUUUCUUUUUGAAAAGUAAACAAUGCUUUGUAUUUGGUCUUUUUGAUUUUAUGUAGUGUUAUGGCAGCAAGAUGAAGUCUGCUCCAGGUUGGUAUCAGUCAGUUUAUUGUACAAAUUGUACACUUACCCUCUCUACCCAGGAAUAUAAUUGAACCUGGUUAUACUUUUAGGGAAACUUGACUUAGAAUUGUGGGGUAACCUGCCAUUGAUCUUCCCUCCUCCCCUCCCCUUUUCAUAGGGGUAGCCAUAGUCCAAGUCACUUGAUGAUACAGAGAAAAGAAUAUGUUCCCUGACCUAUCUUUAGUAGUCCCAUGUGCAGGCACUUCCUCACCUGCCGUAGAGCAAGGUAGCCUGUGUGUAGCUGUACCCCCCCCUUCUGAUGCUCGUUGGGGGAGAGGGUACAGCUACACACAGGCUACAGCAAGGAGAUUCAGAACUGUACUGAAGGACAGUUCUGGUCUUUUUUUUAUUUUCCCAAAAACAGUAAACACUAGAGCGUCUUUGUUACAAGCAAUGCCUUUGUUGGUUUAUUUCUGUCACUUAUAUGGUUGUAAGGGAUUUGUUAUUUUUUCAAACAAUAUAUGACUCAAUGAAUUAACUGUACAACUCUGACUUUGUAUCUUUUAUCAUUGACAGGUGGUAUAACCACACCCACCAGAAAAGGAACAGCUAAAAGAAGAGAGUAUGCUGAUAUUAGUCAAUUCUCACUUCUGAUAACUUAACUUUCAAUUAUAUUGGUCUCCAACUUGGAUUUUUACGAAUUAACUUGAAUUACCAAAACAGUACAUGCCAAUUCAACGAUCCAAUGGUUCCAUAGUAUGUAUGCUCAAAAUGAUGGAAACUUCACAAUUUCAUCAAAAAUGAUUCGGCCUCUUAUUAAUUAAGACCUAUCCAUUUAUUUGCCCACAAACAAAUUCACCCAACUAUACUCACUGUUACUAAUCUUUAUUCAAAAUGGCAAAAUAAAAUAUUUCUUGCUUUAAAUAAAAAGAAAGAAAGAAAGAAUUAGAAAGAUUUAGAUCCCAUCUCCUCUUUCUGGUACAUCUGAGGGUUAAAUUGUUGUUGGAAAAAGUUAGGACCGAGGAGAGUACAAUUCAGGAAGUUACCGGGGGAGUAAUUUCAGACUACUUCAGUCCAUGUGCCUUGUCUUGAAUUACAAGGUAAAAUCUGUUCUCUACUUCCUCACAAAAAGUUAUUUCAAUUUAUUUUUUCAGAGGCUUGCGUCGUGUUCCGUCAAAGUCAGAACAUCAUGGUAAACGUUUUCAUGAUUAUUUUCCACGAUUUUCUUUGAAGGAGGUGUUUUUUCAUUGAAAGAAAUAUUUGAUAGCUUGUCAUUAAGGAACUUAGCUUGCUUUUGAGCAAUGAGAAGGAUAUCAGUUGAUGUGCUCUUAUUGUAUGAUUUAAGGUGACUUUUAUUUUCGUUCAAAUUCUGUCAGGUCUUCCUCGUCGUACCUCAGCCAUCCCAACAGAGGUUGGAGCUUCCAAAGAAGAAGAAGAGUAAGUUUUAAUUUAACCUUUGAAGUAUCAAUUAUCAAUGGUGAAAGACACGCCCGUUUGAAACUCCUGCCGUAUCACGGCAAAACUUAUUCUAAUAUCCGCGAUAGUAAGCUAAUUUAUUUUAUUGUUUCAUUUCUUUAAGAGAAAUUGAUGCUGCAAACUACAUUGUGUUUUGUAAAUCUUUGCUGAGACUCAUACAGGUCAGUAGUUGGAUUAGAAAUUGCAAAAAGUGCGGUGUGGUUUGAAGAUAAAAGUGUCGUCAAGUAUCCAAGGCGAAACAGGAGAAGAUUUGUUGGGUUCGAUUCUUAAUCCCACUGAGGAUUUUACAGUUAUUGUGACUCUUUUAAGAAGAAAUGGUAUAAUUUGGUCAAUAUUGCAAGUCAACACAAACUCUAGAAAUUUUGAGGGUAUCUUUUACCCGUAAAAGAAACGUUGUCUAGUCUGUUUGUGCAGCAAGAGAUGUUAUCUCUAAUGUUAGUGUUUUUGUUUUUUGUUGUAUCCAUACUGUCUUGUUAGAGUGAACGAGAGCUAAUGAAGAGCAUCAUUCCCGAGCAGAGUCAAAGCACCACUUUUGAUACACUUAUUCAGGCCGCUAUGGAGGAUUUCAUUGCCGAAGGGGAGGUAAGUGAUCCCCAUGUUAUCACGCGACAGUUUUUAAUAUUCUUUUGCAAUUCCUCUUCGUGUAGUAACAUUUAAACACAACGAAUCUUGGUCUUAAUUAUUAAAAAUCAGUCGAAACGCGCAUUCCUCUCGUACGUUGGUACCGAUUUUACCUUUACAUCAGCGCUUGUAGUCUGUGGCGUUUUUUUCCUUCGCAGCCAUAGGCAUGUUUUCCUGCACUUGGAUUUGCUUGCAUGUUUUCUGGCGCUUAGAUACGAUUGUAUUUUUUCCCGCGCUUGGAGCCAGUUGCAUGUUUCUUAGAACUUGGAGCUAAUUACAUGUUUUCAAAGACAAACCUGUCCGUCAUAUCAUUGAUGAACGCGCAACAAAGCUUUUUAAACAUUAAUUUUUUUCUCUUUCAGUCCAUCAUAAGUAUCCUGAAGCGACAUUUUGGCAAGCACAACUACUCCGCCAUUCAGCAGGUGUUUCCAAUACUUAAGGAAUUCAAUGCCAUUCAACCUGAUUUCUACGUCACACUGCAGGUACGAUGAUAUUUAUUUCAAUGUACUGCUGAUGUUGUUUUAGUUUGUUUUCCUGUGGAGAUAAAGUCGAUAAAAGGACAAGUCCUAGCCGCUCGGCUCUCUCUAGAGACACGACAGAAUCUUUCAAAACAGAUCUUGUUUUCUCGUUUUACAAGAUAUGGAUUCAUUUUCCUUGCAGGAGACAUUUCACAGAACCCAAAAACAGUUCCCAACUCUAAUUCAUGAAUUGGAGUCCCUGGUAAGUCAUUUCAGCGAAUAACGUAAUGAGUCCAUUCAUUCUAAGCUUCAACAUCCCCCCUGGGUAAUUCCCCCCGGGCAUUUGAACUUUUGAAGAUUGGUCUGUUAAAAUUCCUGCCCCACGGGAAAACAUUUUGUUCAAAUGCCCCGCCGCUAAAGGAAACACCAGCGACCAUAACUUUCUACCCAUUGACCAAGCUUAAAAACCCAGACCUUGUAGACCUUUCUUGUAAGCCAUUCUCUUGCUAAAGUCAGCUAUUUACCUUAAAGACAUAUAAGACUUGUAUUCCGCUGGAAAGACUUGAAACUUCUGGUUCAAAUUGCCCACCUCAGCCAGGCGGGGUUCGAAUUCCCCAUCCCCCGGGCUCAGACGACGGUCAAAUGCCCCUGGGUUUCUGGGGGAGGGGGGGAUGUUGAAACUUCAAACUGAUUGAUGAGCAGACAGGUUUACCUCACAAGACACUUCGCCAAAAAAGAAAGGGAACCAAAAUACAAACCACUUAAGAUAUACUUAUUAUGAAACUUCAUUUACUUAUUGUUAGCAUUGUUGGGUAAUCUUGGACGGUUUCAUCGAAAAACAACUUUGUAUUGACAUGAAAUUAAAGCUGCUGCACAUAUUUAAAAGAUAACCCAUUGUUUUUUUUGUUUUGUUUCAUAGUCUGCCAAGGCCUUGGACGAUUUUAAGGAGGGCAUUAAGGUGAAAAUGAAGUUAUCUUUAACGUAAUUUUGGGCUUGUAAGAAUUUUGUUAUUGUCUCGUUUAUCUGCCUUGGCAACGAUGUGUGUUGUUCUUGAAGAAAUUACAGUUUCCGCUCAUAAAAGAUGGGCAUAACCUUUCUCCUAGAACACCUUAAAUUACCUUAGGCGCUCUUAUGGUUUUUAUUCGAUGCCCUUCGUUUAAAAAGUCACCCUUAUAAGGUAGACUUAAAUCGUAUGUUUUAUUCAUAAAAUUAUCUUGAAUUUUCAUUUCAGCAAAAUCCUGACAAACAUUCUAACAUGCCAAGCGAUGGAACAGUUCAUGAACUCACUAGAAACGUAUGUUUUAUCAUGUUAUGAACCUUUCUUUUAGUUAGGCAGUAAUGCCGUAUAAGACAAGAAAGUGAUUAAGCUAUCGGAGUGCUGGUCUCACGUAGUACAGUUCUAUGAUGUCCAGCAAAUAUGGAUUGUUUCAAUAUUCUUAUCAGCACUACUCCUGAACGGUACGACAAAGUCAAAUCAGGACACUUGACAUACUUUGCACUUUCCUCUGUCUCACCGUUUCAUUUGUUUUUAGACACUUAUUUUCAUGGAACAGCUCCUACCCUACACUGAAACAGUAGGAAGCAUGUUGGUAACUAUGCAAGGUAAGAGUUAGCUAACGUGACAGGCGCGAUAUCGUGCGGUAAAUGUGCGAAGAUGGUCAUACAUGCGCGCGUGAUGCCUCGCUCAUUGGCGCCUGGUUAAAUCGUGUACCUGCGAUGCGGAAAGAGUUCCAUCUACUCGCUCCAUCAGUUAGUUUAUAUUGAUACAUAUGUUCCUGCCGUACUGUUAGCACAUUUACAAAUGCAGACUUAUGGAAAUCGCAAAGUACUGCGGCAAAGAUCAGAAAUACAUGUAUGGUCUGACCGCACUGAAACGCUGCCUUCUCUAGGUUCCUCUGUUGAUUACGUUUUAUAUUGCAGAGGACCAGAGCGGAAAUUUCUUCACAAGAGAAAGAGAACUCUUCGUAAAGGUUGUCUCUGAAUACAUUCGUGAGUAUCAAGUUGUCUUCACUUCGUGUAUUUUUUACAAAUUUUACACUUCUGUUUUCAAGUGAUUUAGGAACUCACUUCAUCACUUACUCAGUUAGAAGCAAAUACGAACCUUACACAAAAGUGAAAAAAAAUAUUUUUAGAGGGAAAGUGUUGUUCAGUAGAUACAGUUCGAAUAACCUGUAUGGGUACAAAUUGUAGUACAUAAACUAUUCCCUUUACACCUAUCUGUCUUUUGUAGAACGUGUACUUGGGGCACUGGGUCUGAAUCUUGAGCUCAAGGCAACAGUGUACGAGGCACCAACGCUUAGUUCUCUCUUCCUGCUGAAUAAUUACAACUACAUAGUAAAAGCCUUACAAAGGUAAGAGGGGCAAGUAUAUUGAGACGAUUCUUAGGGUAAAAUUGCUAAGUGGCAUCAAUGGUUUGAUUCAUGAUGGGGUUUGUUCUCUUAACCAUGCGCAACCCUUGAAAAAUCAGCAUUGGAAGUCGUAUGCAGAGUUAUAAGCUUAAGGGAAUCACCAUAUGCGCGCGCUAUGGUAGACGAAACCAGAAUAUCGUUUUUUUUUUUUUUUUUUCAAGACAGCUAUGCGUCUGAAGCCUUGUUGAUUGAAGGCAACGUGAAAUUAUUCUGCGCAUGCUUAGUCAGUAUUUAUUUUUUUGCCUUUGGAAUGAAUGAAACAGGAUUAUCUGAGCCGCAAACAGAGGCGGUGAAAUAAACCUUUCAAAGGUCUAGUGGCCUUACGAGACGGGGCUUCGAAUGUGAGCACUGCGAUCGUUUUAUAACUGAGCUCCUGAAAAUCCCGACAGCUGUUAAAUUUAUGACAAUUCUGAGAAUCAGAACCCCUGUUCAUGACAUGGGCACGGUUAGCUAAUAAAAACGCGGGUUUUCUGAGCGAAUUACCAUAGAUUACUACAAAACUGUUUUUUUUUAAUUUUCAAAUUUCUCUCUGUGUUGUAAAAUUGAGAGUCAUUGUCGCCGAAACUUUCAUCUUGUCGCUUGUAGGUCAGGUCUCCUCACUCUUCUUCAGGAAGGUGGAAUUACAGGGGUUGAAGAUCAAUACCAGCAGUUGAUCGCUGAGCAUAAAGAAACCUAUCAGAAGUGGUAUUACAUUAAAUAUAUCCGUGUCACGAUUGGUUGUUUGAUCUGGCUAUCUAACGGACAAUGAAAAUACUGACUGAUUGCCGGACUGGCUAAUUGACUGACUGACUGACCAACUCACUGCCUAACUCACUGCCUAACUGUCGAAAGGAUUGACUGAUUGAUUGACUAACAAACUAGCUGACUAACUGAUGGAUUGACGGAUGGACCGAGUGAAUGACUGAUGACUGUCUGACUGACUGACGGAGGGACCGACUGACUGAUUGUCUGACUGACGGACUGAUAACUUACUAACUGACAAAAGGACUGGCCAACGGACUGUUUGACUGAUUGACUCCUUGACUGACUAACUGACUGAAAAACUCGAUGACUGACUUAAUUUUAUAUUGAUGACUGUCUGACUGAUAUACAACUGACUGACUGACUGAAUUCACUGACUGUCUGACUGACAGACCAGCUCUAAGCCGUUGUUUGCUUGAUAUUAAGAUUGAUUCAAAUGUUUGUUAUUCUCUAGCUGGAAUAAAGUUCUUACUGUUUUAAUGGAAGUGGAGAAACCAAUGUCAGGUCAUAAAGGAAAUGAUCCACAGGCCAAGGUAAGUUUAAAAGAACCAGGACAUUUAUUUUGUCGUAACUGCGGCGAGAAAGGAUUAUGUAGGUUGCCGCACUGUUGACUCCCGCUACUUGCAAGACAUUUUUGUUUCACCUCGUUUGGUUUGUUCAUUUGUUUUUUCAUAACUUUACCCUGAAAACUCAGCCCUCUUUUAUCAGAGUUUUACUAGUCAAACUGCUGUCUACAAUAUUUGUUGUUUUAUUCCUAGUAAAACAAGUCUUUAAAAAUUACCUACGUGAUUUUAUUCUCUGAGGCCUUCACGUAAACAUGAACUUGUUACUUUCAUAUUUCAUACGCAACCUUACCUUUAUUCUCUCUUCCUGUGUAGCUAAAAGAUAAACAGCGACAAAUGAUAAAGGAUAAGUUUAAGGUAAACAUUGAUAAAAGUGAGUUUAUGAAAGCAUGCUCUUCCCUUCCCACCCCUCCCCCACCCUCCCCCAACUCUUUCCUCCCAAGUCGAGUAUUGCCUUUGUAUUGGUGACUUUAUAAUAGUCGACUACAUUCUUUUUUUGUUUUGUUUUGCUUUGUUUGUAUGUUUGUUUGGUUUUUUUUUUGAGGGGAGGGAGGGGGGGGGGGAGGGGAGGGGGGGGGAGGGGAGGAGGGAGGGGGGUAGUGGUAAGAACGACUGGGUUAUUCACAUCAGUCGCGUUUUUAGUUCUAAUCCUUGCCGAUGGGGGUUGGCAAGCACUCAAAUAGGGUCUACAAAUGUCAUUACCAAGAAAAUGCCCGUUUUUGUUCUUCUAGGGUUUUAAUACAGAAUUUGAAGAGCUUUAUCAGAUACAGAAAACCUAUGCAGUCCCUGAUACACAGCUUCGAGAUCAACUGCGGGGUGAAAAUGUGACCCUUAUUUUACCCCUGUACACUUCAUUUCGACAGAAGUAAGUAGUGACUUGAAAUCAGUAUUUCUUAGCUUUUUCAGGCUCUAGCUUUGAAAAUGCAAAACAUAUCUGUGGUUUCUGAAUCAAUGUUAGACCCACCUGUUGAAGAUUAUUGGAUGCGCCCUUGGUGAUUAGGGUGCUUCAGUUCUACGAAGAAAUUCUCUUAUAUGUACUACUUAGGGGAAAGUGACUCGGUUAUCUGUUGAAGGAAGUCCUGGGAAUGAAGUCUUUAAUGAUAAGGCAUCGCACAAUUUUGUUCGAUUGUUUUAAUAGCUUAGAUAAUAACUAAGUUGCUCCCUUCCCAAGAAACUUCACCAGUAAAUCUCGCUGGUCAUAAGGGGGUUAUGAGAAAUGCAUGGUCACUUGCACUAGUUCGCAGGCCUUCAUUAUCGGUGCUGCAGGACCCGCGUUUCUCCGCCCGCGGAAAGAUUUAAAGACGAGUCGAGAGAGGUUUGCCAGGGGUCUGGCCCAAAGAAUGCUGGAACCCCUUGCAGGCCGACGUUGCCCAAGGUCACAUACUUUCCUGCAGGCGAAGAAACGCUCAUCCUGAAGCACCAAUGCUAAGGGCUUACUCACAGGCUACACUUUAUUUCUAAUGCCAUGUUGACUCGGUUGAAUCUGAUUCUUUUUCUUCUGUAGAUUUGCAAAUUUACCCUUUACAAAGAAUCCUGAAAAGUACAUCAAAUACUCUGUGGAGGCUGUAGAAGUCAUGAUGAAAAAGUUCUUUGAUGUCUCGGCAUAACUAUCGUCAUGUUGCUCGUAUUCAAUACCAAACAUUGAUGGUGUUCUGUUGUUUUGAUUCUUUUAAUUCAAGUUAAUGGCAUUUAUCGUUGCUAAAGUACAUUUAAAAGACAAACUUUGUUGUUCGUAACAUUUUGUAAAGUCAUUUUUCCAGCUGUCAUGCGAAAACUAACCCAAAAAUACAUCCCUAAUGUACUCAAAAAACAGAGGAAAAAUAUAUCACUUUGUGAAACGAAUACUAAUGAAUACUGAUAUAAACAUUGAAAGCAGGUUCUAUAAUAAAUCAUAAUUAACAGGUUAUUCAGGCUGCCUUUCCCACUUAACUGAAUUUCAUUAGCCCUGUAACCCU